GAAUAAAAAGGGAUGAAGAAGGAAAUGUGAACAGAUGAAUAAAGUGUGGGAGAAAGAGAAGUUAGGGUGUCUGACAUAUGACAAAAGCCAUGCCUGAACCAAAGAAGCCAGGUAACAAGGCAGAGAAGGAGAACGUUCUCCCUGCUGAUAAGACUAGAGAAGAGGCAAAUGAGGGCCGUGAUGAGCUAUUGUCUGAUUAUGAAGAAUUGCCUGAGGAUGAACAUGUCCCAGGUGAAGAGCCUCAGCGGUCUGAGAUUACUGGCCUGUUUGUGGAGAAGCCUCAGAGUGUCACCGUAAUUAAAGGGAAAGAUUCCACAUUUGUGGCUAAGGUGGACUCUUCUCAGCUGCUAAGAAAGCCAGCUAUGAAGUGGUUGAAGGGGAAAUGGUUGGAUCUGGGCAGCAAAGCUGGGAAACACCUGCAGUUCAAAGAAACCUAUGACAGGAACAGCAAAAUAUACACCUAUGAGAUGACCAUUGUUAAGGCUGUGGACGGGGAUGCAGGAGGCUACCGUUGUGAGGUCACAUCCAAAGACAAGUGUGAUAGCUGUACAUUUGACAUCACUGUUGAAGCUGCCGAAGAGGCACAGCAAACAAACAUAUUGGAGGCAUUCAAACGAUCGGGAGAUGCAGGAGAGGAUGCAGGAGAUCUGGACUUCAGUGGUUUACUCAAGAAAAGAGAAAGGAAGCAGAAGGAGGAGCCUGAGGUGGACGUGGAUGUGUGGGAAAUCCUGAAGACUGCUAAGCCAUGUGACUAUGAGAAGAUCGCCUUCCAGUACGGCAUCACUGACCUAAGGGGCUUGCUUAAAAGACUGAAGAAGAUGAAGAAGGUGGAGCCCAAGAAGAGUGAUGCUUUCCUGAGAAAGUUAGAAUCUGCUUACUCUGUUGAGAAAGGCAAGAAAAUAAAUCUUUCUGUGGAGCUGACUGACCCCAAUGCUCAAGUCAAAUGGCUGAAAAAUGGACAGGAGAUCAAACCCUCAGCCAAAUAUGUCUUUGAGAGUGUAGGUGGUAUCCGUAAGCUCACUAUUAACAAGUGCAAUCUUGCGGAUGAUGCUGCUUACGAAUGUGUGAUUGGAGAGGAGAAAAGUUUCGCAGAGGUCUUUAUCCAAGAACCCCCGGUCACAAUCACAAAGUUGCUGGAUGAUGUCCAUGUUGUGGUUGGGGAGAAGGUGGAGUUUGAGGUUGAGGUUUCUGAAGAGGGAGCUAAUGUGAAAUGGAUGAAGGAUGGAGUGGAAUUAGGCAGAGAUGGAAAGUAUCGCUUUAAGAAAGAUGGGACGAAGCACUGGCUCAUCAUCAACGAGGCGACUACAGAGGACAUUGGAACAUACUAUGUCUUCACUAAUGGGGGGGAGUCCAAGGGAGAGUUAGAAGUUGAAGACAAGGAGCUGGAGGUUCUGCAGAGUAUAGCUGAUCUGACGGUGAAGGCAGCAGAACAGGCUGUCUUUAAGUGUGAAGUAUCUGAUGAGAAAGUGACUGGGAAGUGGUACAAGGACGGAGUGGAGGUCAUUCCCAGUGACCGUAUCAAAAUGACACACAUCAGCAGGACUCACAAGCUAAUGAUAAAUGAUGUAAAGCCUGAGGAUGCAGGAGAUUACACCUUUGUUCCAGAUGGUUACGCUCUUUCCCUUUCAGCCAAACUCAACUUUUUGGAGAUAAAGAUUGAUUAUGUUCCUCGUCAAGAACCUCCCAAAAUCUACCUGGACACCACUGGCACCUUUGUCAACAAAAGCACCAUUAUCGUCGUGGCAGGAAACAAGAUGCGUUUUGAUGUUGACAUUACAGGGGAACCCACCCCCACCGUAUGCUGGAAAAAAGGAGAUACAGAGAUCACUGAGGCUGAAGGGCGUGUGAAGGUGGAGACCAGGAAGAACCUGAGCUGUUUUGUUAUUGAAGGGGCAGAGAGAUCAGAUGAAGGUCUCUAUCACAUCACUGUAUCCAACCCUGCUGGAGAGGACAAGGCUGAUGUCUUUGUUAAGAUAGUUGAUGUGCCAGAUCCACCUGAAAAUGUGAAAUGCACUGAAGUGGGAGAGGACACUGCUAUUAUCCAGUGGGAUCCACCUAAAUUUGAUGGUGGAGUUCCAGUGAAAGGUUACCUAAUGGAGAGGAAGAAGAAGGGCUCUUCCAGAUGGACUAGGCUGAACUUUGACAUUUAUGAGUCCACAACUUAUGAGGCUAAGAAGAUGAUUGAGGGGGUGCUAUAUGAGAUGAGGGUGUUCGCUGUUAAUGGUAUUGGCAUCUCCCAGCCCAGCGCUAAUUCCAAACCCUUCAUGCCCAUUGCUCCAACCAGUGAACCAACAAGGCUGAUGGUGGAUGACAUCACUGAUGGUACUUGUACUCUUAAAUGGCUUCCCCCUGAGAGGAUUGGUGCCGGUGGCAUCGAUGGGUACUUCAUUGAAUAUUGUGUUGAGGGAGGCACUGAGUGGGUGCAAGCAAACGAAACUCCUGUUGAGAAGAACAGUUACAGGGUCAAAGGGCUGCCCGUGGGAGAGAAGCUUCUGUUCAGGGUGACAGCUGUGAACAUUGCCGGCCGUAGCCUUCCAGCUGAGAUGAAGCAAGCUGUCACCAUCAGGGAGAUUGUUGAGCGCCCUAAAAUACGUCUCCCUCGGCAGCUUAGGACUAAGUACAUCAAAAGAGUGGGUGAGAAGAUCAACCUUGUCAUUCCCUUCCAGGGCAAACCACGCCCAGUGGUGAACUGGUUCAAGGACGGUCAACCUCUAGACACAGCUUUGGUAAAUGUCCGGACAACUGAUGUGGACACCAUCCUGUUCAUCAGACAGGCAGUCAGAGAACAUUCAGGCCAAUACACUAUGUCUGUGCAGAUUGAGAAUAUGGAGGACAAAGCCACUAUUGAGAUCCAGAUUGUAGACAAGCCAGGGCCACCAAUGAGUGUUUCAGUAAUCGAUGUUUGGGGCUUUAAUGCUGCUCUGGAAUGGAAGCCACCUAAAGAUAAUGGCAAUAGUGAGAUCACUGGCUACACUAUCCAAAAGGCAGACCUGAAAACCAAGGAAUGGUUCACAGUUCUUGAGCACAACCGCAGACCCAGUUGCACGGUGUCUGAUCUGGUGAUGGGGAAUGAGUACACUUUCCGUGUGUUCAGCGAGAACAUCUGUGGCCUGAGUGAUGAAGCUGGCGUCAGCAAAAACACAGCUGUCAUCACCAAAACAGGUCUUACACAUAAUGCACUGCCCUAUAAGGAAAAAGACAUGAACAGCUCUCCUAAGUUCAUUACACCUCUCGUGGAUAGGUGUGUCAUUGCUGGUUACAGUGCUGCCAUCAGCUGUGCUGUCCGUGGUUACCCCAAACCAAAGAUUAUAUGGAUGAAAAAUAAGAUGAUUAUUGGGGAGGACCCGAAGUUUCUCAUGCAGAAUAACCAGGGAGUGCUGACUUUAAACAUCCGUAGGCCCAGCUUGUUUGAUGGGGGGAAGUAUACAUGCAGAGCUGUCAAUGACCUAGGACAGGAUGAAGUGGAAUGCAAGCUGGAGGUUCGAGUAUUCACAUCAAAGGAAAAGGAAGGGAUGAAGAAGUGAACGCAAAAUCCUGGAGAUACUCUAAAUAAUUCAGGAGGCAUUUGGGCAUCACGAGAGUAUCGAGAAAGCUAAAAUAAUAAUAAUAAUAAUAAUAAUUUAGUUAGAAUAAAAUUACGUCAUUAUGCUGUCUUUUCUUUGCCUUACUUUUGACCCUCACAAAAAAGUACUGUGGCGAUUCCAUGGCACAAAUAGAUAGUAAUAAUAACAUGGUAUUUUGGUAUAUAAAGUACUGUGGUACUGAAUAAUUAGGCUCCAAAUUGCAUGGUAGUCCAAGGUUCUUCAAAGAAUACCAUGAUUCAAACUACCAUGGUACUUUUUUGGUGUUAAAUGUUAGUAGAAUCAGUAUUCAAUCUAAUAUAUUCUUCUGUUUCUCUUAGUCGCUUAAGUCUAUAGAUUUGCUUUGUAUGUCAGGUUUUUGCAGGUCAAAUUGCUUGAAAUAAAAGCACAUAAAUACAUAUAUCUGUGUUAA